GUCAGACACCGCUGCUUUCCUACCGAAGUUCAGAGGUCAGCUGGCGCCCGACGCCUCUGAACCUCCAGGUACUCCCAGACGUCAGCAGGCCCCGCCCCUCUACUCCGAGGACUACAAAUCCUAGCAGGCACCGCGCGCACAUGCGCAGUAGGCGCCGGGCCAUGGUAUCCCUGAGCUCUGUUCUGCUGGCGGCAGCCCUAGGAGGGGGGUUGUGGUUAGCCGUGCGCCGCUACCUGAGGUCUCCGGGCCGGACGCCGGCAGCCGGCCUCAUGCUCAUGCGCGGGAAGACGGUCAUCGUGACGGGUGCCAACAGCGGCCUGGGCCGGGCCACGGCGGCCGAGCUGCUGCGCCAGGAGGCCCGGGUCAUCCUGGCCUGCCGCGACCGUGGGCGCGCUGAGCAGACGGCCGCCGAGCUCCGCCGGGAGCAAGCCCAGGCCCCGCCCGCGGCUGAGGGCAGUCCAGCUGGAGAGCUUAUCGUCAAGGAGCUGGACCUGGCGUCCCUGAGCUCUGUAAGAGCUUUCUGUCGGGAGGUGCUGCUGGAGGAGCCCCGACUGGACGUCUUGAUUAAUAACGCAGGCGUCUUCCAGUGCCCGUACACGAAGACAGAAGAUGGUUUCGAAAUGCAGUUUGGGGUGAAUCACUUGGGUCACUUCUUGCUUACUAACCUGCUCCUUGACCGCCUUAAGGACUCGGCUCCCAGCAGGAUUGUGGUGGUUUCUUCCAAACUUUACAAAUAUGGAGAAAUCAACUUUGAAGAUCUGAACAGUGAGCUAAACUAUAAUAAAAGUUUCUGUUAUAGUCAGAGCAAGUUGGCAAAUAUUCUCUUUACCAGAGAAUUAGCCCGCCGCCUAGAGGGCACAAAUGUUACCGUAAACGUGCUUCACCCCGGCAUUGUCCGAACCAAUCUGGGGAGGCACAUCAAUAUUCCCCUGCUAGUCAAGCCCCUUUUCAACCUAGUGUCUUGGGCUUUUUUCAAAACCCCCGAAGAAGGAGCCCAAACCUCCAUCUACCUGGCCUCAUCAGCAGAAGUGGAGGGUGUGACAGGAAAGUACUUUGGGGAUUGUAAACAGGAGGAGCUCCUGCCCAAAGCUAUGGAUGAUUCUGUUGCCAGAAAACUCUGGGAUAUCAGCGAAGUGAUGGUGGGCAUAUUAGAGUAGUUUGGAAAGUGUGAGGAGGGGCGAGGCGGUGGUUGGUACGAGGGAGCAGCCCCUCUCUCUGGGCACUUAGACACGACCUAUGUUGGCACGGGCCUGUUGCUAUGGGGAAGAACAUUUCUUCUUUUUAAUUCCGAGUUCCAGAACCUGGAAAGGCUGCCUUGCUAGCAGACAUCCAGGGCCUUGGAGCGACAGAAAGCCCCUCGCUCUGAAUGCUGGUGAAGAUUUUAGCUGAGCACGAGCUUGGAUUAGGAACUGGGCAGAGGGGGCCCCGAGAAGCCCUGGGAUGGGAAGCCCAAGCCUAGGCCGAAGGGUUACCCGGUGUUUCGUGGCCACCAUUUUGCUUUGACUUGUGCUGUGAUAAGGGUGCAGAACCAGUGUCCUUGUGGAAGGGGACACGCGAUUGUUGGAAUAAAUAUUCUUGACCCAA